UGCAAUUUAAUGUCCAUCUGGGCAUCUGUUCCUAAGGUGCUAGCACUGCUGUCUGUGGUUCACAAUAUAUCUGGGGUAGCAACACAGCAAAGAAAGGGACCUAGGUUGUGCUUGGGAAGUUUCUACUCUCAGCCAAGAUGUGCACAUGAAUUUAAAAUUACCCAAGAGGGUGUUUCAGAGUUGCUGGCCAAAGAGUGGUGUCUUCUAAUCUGGAGAGCAGCUGCUGGGCACAGGCAUGCAAACACACACACACAGACACACGCACACACACAGACGUGCUCACAGAGCCUGUGCCUGCCUCUACUUGUUUGCUUUGGGCAGAUGGUUCCUGGCUUUUGGGUCACCUCAUCCUGCAACCCAGUCCAGUUAGAACCUUUCUUCCACAGAGACUGGCAAGCUGUGGGGUAAGGGUUUUGGUAAGGCUGCCUGUCUUCAGAGCAUGAAGGACACUGCCCAGAGAGGGAAGAGGGCAAUAUUUAGUGUUUGGGCCCACUUGUUGUUGGGCUCCCCACUACCUCUCCUUUGCAGAGCUAUCACUGGCCCCUGGUUGCAAACUCUUGGUGGCUUUCAAGCCUACAAAACAAAAACUGAGAGGGUGUCCAAAAAGAGAAGAAGAAAACAUUGUUGUUGGUCCUGGAUUCCACUGUUGGAUUUUGGCGGGGAUGAGAAGAAGGAAUUACCAGGCGUGAUCAACAAAGGUACCUGCACGGCUUUAAAGAAUGCGUUCCAGAGGCAGUGAUACCGAGGGCUCAGCCCAAAAGAAAUUUCCAAGACAUACUAAAGGCCACAGUUUCCAGGGGCCUAAAAACAUGAAGCACAGACAGCAAGACAAAGACUCCCCCAGUGAGUCGGAUGUAAUACUUCCGUGUCCCAAGGCAGAGAAGCCACACAGUGGUAAUGGCCACCAAGCAGAAGACCUCUCAAGAGAUGACCUGUUAUUUCUCCUCAGCAUUCUGGAGGGAGAACUGCAGGCUCGAGAUGAGGUCAUAGGCAUUUUAAAGGCUGAAAAAAUGGACCUGGCUUUGCUGGAAGCUCAGUACGGGUUUGUCACUCCAAAAAAGGUGUUAGAGGCUCUCCAGAGAGAUGCUUUCCAAGCGAAAUCUGCCCCUUGGCAGGAGGACAUCUAUGAGAAACCAAUGAAUGAGUUGGACAAAGUUGUGGAAAAACAUAAAGAAUCUUACAGACGAAUCCUGGGACAGCUUUUAGUGGCAGAAAAAUCCCAUAGGCAAACCAUAUUGGAGUUGGAGGAAGAAAAGAGAAAACAUAAAGAAUACAUGGAGAAGAGUGAUGAAUUCAUAUGCUUACUAGAACAGGAAUGUGAAAGAUGGAGUCUAGCUCUGUUGCCGAGGCUGGAGUGCAAUGGCAUGAUCUUGGCUCACUGCAACCUCUGCCUCCUGGGUUCAAGUGAUUCUCCUGCCUCAGCAUCCCAAGUAGCUGGGAUUACAGGCAUCCGCCAUUGUGCCCAGCUAAUUUUUGUAUUUUUGUAGAGACAGAGUUUUACCAUGUUGGCCAGGCUAGUCUUGAACUCCUGACCUCAGGUGAUCCACCUGCCUCAGCCUCCCAAAGUGCUGGGAUAACAGGAGUGAGCCAACGCGCUUGACUUGCACACAUAUUUUUAAUGUGUGAGUGGGUGCAUGUCAUAAUUCCAGAUGGAAAUUUGUCACCACAAAAUAUAAUUUUUAUUUAGCUGAUCUUUCCAGGUUUCUAUUUAUAAUGGAAGAGAUUGGAAAGGAUGAAGUUGGGCAUAAUGAAUCAAGACAAACACAGGCCCUGGUCAUUGUGUAAUUCCAUAUAGUAUAAUUUGUUUGCGAUCUUUCAUUCCAUACACCUACAAUACAGCUCUAAAAAUAAUGCUACCUACAAUAUAAAGAUACACUUUUUUUCCAAAUAACCUUCAAAAAAUGUAAAAAUACGCAACAAAAAUAUUGUAUCAUAUCUAAACCCUCAAAUAAGCUACAUUUAAACCAA